GGCGGGGAAUCAAGCCUGCGGACUCGAGAGAUGGUGACGCUACGGCCGAGGUGAAGAAAUACGAUCAAACACUAAAGCGACGGGCGCUCGGACAGACUCCGAGUGAAUAAAAGAUGAUGUUUGGGAUACAAAUCGGCGAUAUAGAACCUCUGAUUCCGCAACAGAAAGCACUGGAAGAGAGUUUAGUUUGACCUCAUUCAUCGGCAGAGUUUCAAUGAAAAGUAUCAAACCUGUCACAGGGCUGAGUCAAAGAGUCUCACUGUAAACAAUAGCAGUCAUAGUUUUACAGCCACUGCGGCGGGGGUUCAUGUGAACAUACCGCGGCUGCAUUUAUUCUCCGUUUAUCAUAGACAGUCUAUAGACAGGCUUCUAGGCUGUCGAAAGCGCACCAACUUGCUCAGGAUGAUGCAGGUGAAAAAACACAGGAGCUCCGAGGACUCUCAACAGGAUGACAUGAAGAAGAAGACUUCAUGUUUUUCGAAUAUUAAGAUAUUUUUAUUGGCGGAAUGUGCUCUGAUGUUGGCACAGGGCACAGUGGGGGCAUACUUGGUGAGUGUGCUGACCACGUUGGAGCGGCGCUUCAAUCUUCAGAGUGCUGAUGUGGGUGUAAUUGCCAGCAGCUUUGAGAUCGGCAACCUGGCCCUUAUUCUCUUCGUUAGUUAUUUUGGUGCCAAAGCCCAUCGUCCACGAUUAAUUGGCUGCGGAGGCAUUGUCAUGGCUCUGGGAGCCCUGCUCUCAGCAUUACCUGAAUUCCUCGCCAGUCAAUAUAAGAUUACAGACUCCUGGAGCAAGGAUCAGGGCCGGGAUGUGUGCUCGAAUUCCUCAAAAGUUGAUGAUCUGUGUGGGAAUAGAGCCAAUACCAACAUGAUGUACCUGCUUCUUAUUGGAGCACAGGUUCUACUGGGUAUAGGGGCCACGCCCGUCCAGCCCCUGGGUGUGUCCUACAUAGAUGAUCAUGUACGGAAGAAAGACUCCUCUCUGUAUAUAGGUAUACUAUUUUCCACACUGGUAUUUGGACCUGCUUGUGGUUUUAUCCUGGGAUCUGUCUGCACCAACUUUUAUGUGGAUGCUUUAUUCAUCGAUACAACUAAGCUGGACAUCACCCCUGAUGACCCUCGAUGGAUCGGCGCAUGGUGGGGCGGCUUUCUCCUCUGCGGUGUCUUACUAUUCUUCUCCUCCCUCUUCAUGUUUGGUUUCCCCCAGUCUCUGCCAUGCCGGGAGGUGGAGGGAGGGGUUGAGAGUGAACAGGCCAUGCUGCCCCCUUCUUUAGCUCAAGAUAAUGACAAAUCCAAGUCCAGCAAUGGAGUCCUGCGGAACUGCCAGCCCAACAACAACAGCCUGUCCUGCUGCCAACAGCUCAGAGUUAUUCCCAAGGUGACUAGGCAUCUGCUGUCAAACCCAGUGUUUACAUGUAUCAUCUUAGCUGCCUGUAUGGAGAUUGCUGUUGUUGCUGGUUUUGCUGCAUUUUUGGGAAAAUAUCUGGAGCAACAGUUCAACCUCACCACCACUUCUGCCAACCAGCUGUUAGGGAUGACAGCCAUUCCAUGUGCCUGUCUGGGUAUAUUCUUGGGUGGUUUGCUGGUGAAGAAACUGAACCUGUCUGCUCUGGGAGCGAUCCGUAUGGCCAUGCUGGUCAAUUUGAUCUCCACUGCCUGUUACGUGUCUUUCCUGUUCCUGGGCUGUGACACAGGACCUGUUGCUGGGGUGACCGUCGUCUAUAGCAACGUGACACUUCAAGUAGGCCAGUGGCCGGAAGCCCCCUGCAUGAGUCAUUGUAACUGCUACACUUCAUCUGUUAGCCCCGUUUGUGGCGCCAAUGGUGUGACCUACUUGUCCUCCUGUUUCGCUGGCUGCAGAAAUGCCAUCAGCACUGGACUACCACCUCCUUUCUCACAGAACCUAACGGGGUGUGCGUGCAUCUCUGGAUACAGUGACAACGCCACAGCUGUGCCAGGCAAGUGUCCUCAACCCGGCUGCCGAGAGGCCUUCCUCACCUUCCUGUGUGUGAUCUGUGCCUGCAGUAUGAUCGGAGCCAUGGCCCAGACUCCCUCUGUCAUCAUUCUCAUCAGAACUGUAAGCCCAGAGCUGAAGUCAUAUGCCCUUGGAGUACUUUUUCUGCUAUUGCGGCUGUUAGGAUUCAUUCCCCCUCCUUUGAUAUUUGGUGCGGGAAUUGACUCCACGUGCCUUUUUUGGAGCUCCGAGUGUGGGGAGAAAGGUGCCUGUAUGUUGUAUGACAACAGGACGUACCGACACCUGUAUGUCAGCAUGACCAUAGUCCUCAAGAUUGUCGCUUUCAUCCUCUACACAACCACCUGGCUGUGCUUGCGCAGAAACUACAAGAAAUACAUUAAAAACUUUGAGGGGUAUGUUACGCCCACUGAAAUAUUCUCAUCUAGUGUGAAUCUUGACAGUCUGGGAAAGGACAGCAGUCAAAGCCAAGUCAACAGGACUAAAUUUAUAUACAACCUGGAAGAUCAUGAGUGGUGUGAAAACAUGGAGUCCGUUUUAUAGUGGGGUAUGCCACCCACAUGCUAAUUCAAGCAUAAUUCUAUUGAAGGAUUGUCCUUAUGUCUUUAUUCUUUUUAUAAAGAAAUGUUUUUCUCUCACUCCAGGAUGUACAGGCAUGUUGCAGCACUUCACUCUUAAUUCAUGCAAACUGUUCUACUGGGUCCAUUUGGUUUUUAGAAGUACUUUCCAAUAAGGUAUUUUUCCAGUGCCAGUAAACUGCUGUAGUUGUUCAAGGCAUCUACUCUAAUUCAUGGACUGUGUUGUGGACAAAUGCAAUGGCAAAAAUGACUUUCCCACUUUUUCUCCACAUUUUAUCAAAAUGAACGAGCUUAACUCACCAUCAAUCAUGAAGCUCUGAUUUACCCUGGUGAAAUAAGGUCCCUAAAGCUGCUGGUUGAUGUUCUCAGUAUCUCCAGCCAAUCCGUUAUUAUCAUGGGGAUCGUGUCAGUACAAAACAUCAUGCCUAGACCAACUGGUACUUACAUAUAAUUCAGUUGUAUACAUAAUGCAGUUCUAUACUACAUAUAAAAACAACAUCAAAUAUAUCUCAAAACUUACAUUUGAUUUGCAUUCAAAGGGGUGUUUGAGAGAUGUGUUUCCUUUUGAAGUGCUUUUGCAGCAUUUGCAUUCUGCUGUUAAUUUUAUAUUCUUUACUUAGCCCUAAAAUGUCUUAAUUUGUAAUGGCUAUUGAAAUAGAUACUGUACAUUGUUAUCAUAUUUAUACAUUUGUGCAAUAGUGGGAGAGUGUAUUUGAAAAAAGCCAGAGAAGUUUUGUGUUUAUAGAUAUAUUUGUCAUUAGAUUUUAAGGGAUGAUGAAGACAAACUUAUUUAUCUUCUUUUUUCUUUUCUUUUUUUGAGGAAUAGAGUAUGAUUAUGAAGGGUUUUAUUAAUGAAAAUAAGAAUGCUUCUUUAUCCAGAUGACAGUAAUGAAAUGUAAGGGAGUAGACUAUAGGAAUAUUGAGACUGAAAACAGAGGAUUUGUAUUGAAAACAAAGUGGAAAAAUAUCGUUGACAUUUAUGAGUAGUGCUUUCAAUUUUUAACCCCUCGCUUUACAAAUAACAUUACAUACUAAUUCAUGCUGGGCCUUGAUAGUUUUGAAUUGGAAAAAAAGUUGUAAUGUUACAUGUAAAAUGUGUUUUACCUUUAAGAGCAAUUUACUAUUUGGAUUGAGAUUUAAAUAUUUUAUUUCACUUAUUGCAAUAAGAAGUGGCACUUUUUUUAGUUUUUUAACUACAUAUUUUUCAAUAUUCUUUUUGAAUCAGUCUUGUUUUACAGGCAUAGGUGUUUCUGCAGAUACAUUUAAGCAGUCUCCUUUUCAUGUAAUUUUUGUAUGGCAAAAUAACUAAUUAUUUUAUUCUGCAAAUAAAUUAUUUUUCA